UGUAAAGGAAGAAAAGAUCAAAGAGAAAAAUGCUUCUUAGAAGCUCCUCAGCGCCAAUCUUGAACUCUUGGCUACUCCACUCCAAAGACUACUCUUCUUCUUCACCGGAACCAGAUCAGCCACUUCUUCACCUUCAAAGAACCAAAUCAGUUUCUUUAACAUGUUCUUCUUUUCACUCUUCUUCUUUUUCCUCUUCUUGUUCUUCUUCUUCUUCACCUAGUAAAGAUGAUCCGUCAAAGAGACCGUCCAAUGCCCCGGCAAUAUUAUCAAAAACCGAUGGCCCACCAAAGCCCAGGAAGAGCGACAGAAGAAAACGACCCGCAAACAAGAAAGAAGAAGAGAAAGAGAAGGACGAGACGGUAAAGAUCACGAAUUCGGGAUCGUCUUCUCCUGUUGAGAGGCUGUUUUGGAGCUCUGGAUUGGGAGAUAUUGAUCAUAAAAGGUGUGGUCUGCAGACUCUGGUGGUGGACGACGGAGCUGGAAGCGGCGGCGGCGGCGGCGGCGGCGGCGGCGGAGGAGGAGGGAGAGGAUCGGACGGUGGAGAUGGCGGUGAUGGUGGGGCAGGUGGGUCCGGGUUCUUUGAGGGUAACAAUCAUGGGAGUGGUAGUACUGAUGCUUAUUAUCAGAAGAUGAUUGAAGCCAACCCCGGAAAUCCCCUCUUGCUUGGAAACUAUGCUAAGUUUUUGAAAGAGGUUCGAGGAGAUUAUGCUAAAGCGGAGGAGUAUUGUGGGAGAGCAAUCUUAGCUAAUCCAAAUGAUGGGCAAGUUUUAUCACUUUAUGCUGAUCUAAUUUGGAGGAGUCACAAGGAUGCCAAACGAGCUGAGGAUUAUUUUGGUCAAGCGGUUAAGACUUCCCCGGAUGAUUGUUAUGUUCUGGCAUCUUAUGCUCGGUUUCUUUGGGAUGUUGAAGAAGAAGAAGAAGAGGAAGAAGAAAAUGAUCAACGAAAACAACAUGAGAUUGACCAUAGCCAUUCAUCUCCACCCACUUUCUUUCACGGAACACCAUUAACAGCAUGAUUUUAAUCACCCUUCUCUUGAGAACUUAAAUAUUUAAAACUAUUACUUGUAUAAUAGCUACUAAUAUAAUGGUAUAACCGUAAGGCUUCCUGAC